UAACUAACAUAAUCCCAAAGUUACAUAAAUAUAUAAGCCCUGUAAACUGUCAGUAAAUUUUUUUUGAUUGAUUUAUGUAUGUACGUUUGCCAGUUUUACAUCGUUUUGCAUACAGAAUUUUAAAUAAAACGGGCCUGGUUGGGCUCAUAUUUUUCACAUUGAAAUACUUGUUCUCCCCAUAAUUACGUAUCUCUGAAUUCUAGGAAUACACAUUGAAAUGGGAUUUGCAAAUUUCUUUAUUUUUGCAACGCUUGUAACCUCCGCGUUGAGCGCUGUGGUCCCAAUUAAUGGGGGAAAAUAUAUUUUGGAAACGAGGGUAACCUUGACGGGUAUUUUAAGCGUUAAAAUCACGGCUGAAACGUUGGGCUGGAUCGGGUGGGGGAUAUCACCUAGAGGAACGAUGAUGGGGUCGGACAUGGUCAUGGGGGGAUUUAAUGGAGCCACGGGGGAAGCAUAUAUUGGGGAUCGCUACGCGUCUCAUCCAGGCCUCCCAGAAUUAGACAGGGAACAAAACGUUGAGCUUGUCUCUGCCUCUGAAAACGCUACCCACACCGUCCUGGAGUUCACGAGAGCUGUGGACACUGGCGAUAUAGAUCAGGACCUUACAGUUGAGAACGAAGUCCAAUUUAUCGUGUGGGCCAUCGGGGACACUGAUGACCUCGUGUAUCACGGUGUUGGUAGUCGUGGGUCUAUUCAACUGAAUUUGAUGGAUGGUUAAAUCACACAAAUUUCUUAUUUCUGGAUAUAACAAGUCUUGUCCUCCUUAAUGUGGUUGAUUACUUAUUUACGUAAUAAAAAUAAAAUAGAAAGGAUUUCCGCACUAAA